CCGUGAAGUGAAUUUAAUAAGGUCAGCAAUCGGCAAACUCUUUAGACUUUAGAGAGAGAGAGAGCGAGAGAGAAUCAUAAGAGGUUUUAGACCGAGAAACCGCGUGAUAAAGCCAAGGAUCUAUCUUUGUUCAUCAUCACACUCAAAAUUACCUAACAAAUAUUUAAGGUUUGCUAUGCCUUUCUUUCAUCUUCCUUAAUUUCAAUUUCAUCACCAAAAUUUCUUGCCAUUCUUCAUCAAAAACUUCAUUGAGCAUAAGGGCUUCGUCAAUUUUCUCCCUAAAUUUCUUCUAAAUUCCUCUUCAAGACUUCCCUAAAUUUUCAGAUAGAACAAAUUGAAUUAGAUGUCAUUUCGUAGCAUAGUUCGCGAUAUAAGAGAUGGAAUUGGGAGCUUAUCAAGACGUGGUUUUGAAAGAAGUAAAUCACAAAGUUUUGUUCAUGAAUUGGAUAACCACUCAGGUAUUGUGAUCAAUAGCCGUUGGGAUGGUUUACCACCCGAAUUACUUCGUGAUGUGAUUAAGCGGUUGGAAGCAAGCGAGAGUGUGUGGCCUGCUCGCAAGCAUGUGGUUGCCUGUGCGGCGGUUUGUAGGUCGUGGAGGGAAAUGUGUAAAGAAAUUGUUAGCUCCCCGGAGUCCUCAGGGAAACUUACAUUUCCAAUCUCUCUAAAGCAGCCGGGGCCUCGGGAUACCACGAUUCAAUGCUUCAUCAAGAGAGAUAAAUCUAAUUCGACGUAUUAUCUUUAUCUUUGCCUCAGCAGUGCAUUGGUGGUAGAGAAUGGGAAAUUUCUUUUUUCAGCAAAACGAAGUAGGAAAAGUACAUGUACAGAGUACAUCAUUUCACUGAAUGCUGAUAACAUAUCGAGGUCAAACCGUGGAUACAUUGGAAAAGUGAGAUCAAACUUUCUUGGUACAAAGUUCAUAGUUUAUGACUCCCAACCGCCACACAACACCGCCAACGUGGUCCCACCGGGUCGUUUAGGAUCAAGCCGCCGUUUUUCUAGAAGGGUUUCACCAAAGGUUCCUUCCGGAAGCUUCAACAUAGCUCAAAUUGUAUACGAGCUAAACGUAUUGGGGACACGGGGUCCACGUAGGAUGAACUGCAUAAUGCACUCAAUCCCCAUGUCCGCCAUGGAACCUGGCGGCACCACCCUCGACCACCACCCUAACCUGGCGGCACAUUCCUUCAAAGACUCAUUCAGAAGCAUCUCGUUUUCCAAAUCAAUCGAUAGUUUAAGCGAAUUCAGUAGCUCCCGAUUUUCCGACUUCAUGGGCACAAAUGAGGUACAAAAUGGAGAACAAAUGAAGAACAUGCCUUUGAUUCUAAAGAACAAACAGCCAAGGUGGCAUGAACAGUUGCAAUGUUGGUGUCUAAAUUUUAAAGGGAGAGUAACGGUUGCUUCCGUGAAGAACUUCCAGCUCAUCGCUGCCACCACUACCACCGCCGCUCCUCCGGUGGUGGUGGAUGAGGCAACACCGCCACAAACUGCCCAAGCUCAGUCACAAUCAUCGCAUGAUAAGGUGAUUUUGCAAUUUGGUAAAGUUGGAAAGGACAUAUUUACUAUGGAUUAUCGGUAUCCUUUAUCUGCCUUUCAAGCUUUCGCCAUAUGCUUGAGCAGCUUUGAUACUAAAUUGGCUUGUGAAUAAUGGAAUAACUUGUUAUUGAGGGUUAAUGCAAAGUGUUUUCAUUGAUUUGCUUAUUAUAACACCCUAUUUUCAUUUCUUCCUACUACAAUAUUGUACUUUGAAAAAUCUUUUGAAUUAUAACAGUUUCAUCCAAAUCCGAAACAAGUUAUGCUCCUAUAAAUUGAGAGUAUAAUAUCAUAAUUGGGUAGUUUUUUAACUUUUUCAAAGUACAAUGACUUAGUGCAGAAAUAAAUGGAAGACUUGAAAGUAAAGUGGUAUAAUACAGAAAUAAAUGUAAGUACCGAGUACGUUACUAUAUCUUGUAUGUAAUCAAAAAAUUGCUCAAAUGAUAAGAACAGCUUGGUACCUUGAUUUGUAAUUGUAUUUUGAUCGUUAAAUAUAUACUAUAUUAAAAAUAUGAUAUGAUACAGUUGUUCAAGUACAUAACUCAUUUAUACCAAUAAAGAAUGAUCUGAAAAAAAAAAACAUAUUGUACAACCAUUUUGGAUGGAUUUUAACACGAGAUCCUGAACUGUAUAAAAGUCUGCAACGAUAGAACAAUGAAUAAGUUUUCCAACAAUCGUACUUGGCUUGUUUCUGCAAGUGAUGUUGAUGACAGAUUGAGAGAUGUGAGCACUUUGUAUGAAACCUUGUGUUAAUGGAAGUGCAUGUGUAUGGUUUUUGUGUGGGUUUUGCAUCUUCAGAUUAACAUCUUGAAGCUGCAUGUCUUUCAUGGAGGCAUCAUAUAGAUAUAGAUACAGGAGUAUAUCUGUGUGCCUCUUCGGUGGCUCUUCC